UCAUUAACCAGUCUCGCGUCUCCUUCCGCAGUUGCCGCGCCCGCCAUUUUUACCUCUGGCGCCGCCAUGGAAUUGCCGGUCCGCCGCCAUCUCUCAUUUUCGGAAACCUCCUCCAGCUUCGUACACGGGAUAAGGAUGUCCUUGGAGUACAGACGGAGUGGCUGCAGAAGUACGGAAAAGUGUGUGGGUACUACAUAGGCUACCGACCAACGCUGAUGGUGGCCGACCUGGGUAUCCUGAGCCAAAUUCUCAUCAAGGAUUUUCCUGCCUUCGCUAACAGGGCUCGCCAUCAUCUGGCCACCAAACCCUACUGUGACAUGCUCGUCGACAAGAGAGAUCAAGAAUGGAAGAUGUUGAGAACUCUUAUCAAUCCGGUAUUUUCGCUCGCCAAACUCAAGCAGAUGCUUCCACUAAUGCAAGAUUGCGUCGACGACUUCCUAGGCGUCGUGUCCGAUUACGUGGACGGUGGCCGUGACUUCGACAUCUUUAGCCUAUCGCAGGGAUUUACUCUCGACGUAAUCGGACGAUGUGCUCUGGCCAUGCGAAUCGACUGCCAAAGAAAUCAGAAAAGACCCGCUUCGGCAGCUAAUUCGCCGUCCCGUUUCUUCUCAAAUUCGCGAUAUCCCCUCUCGUCAUCAUGGCUAUGGUGGCUCCGGCUUUGGCUCCGUUGGCUCAGGUGUUUCAGGGGGACCACGACCUCAGCGCUGGUCGAAGCCAGAGUCAUCUCUAAUCUGAACGAAGUCAUCUGUCGCCGGAGGAACACGCCGGGGAACAGCGUAGACUUCCUCCAGCUGCUGAUCGACGCAUCUGACGAAGGCGCCGACGACAGCUUCCGCCUGGAGAUGCUGGAUCCUUCGUCGCAUCCUCCGGCGCAGGAGUCCUCGUCAGCGCCACUCGGAACAACCUCCUCCUCCUCCUCCCUCCUUCAGCCGAGUCGUUCAUCGCCCCCGCCGGAGGACGACCACAACUGCAUGGUAGAUACGUGUUGCCGCUGACGAAGGCGAGGACCCGGAGUCUGCCCGGGGAAAGGACUUCUGAAGGAGGCGCCGGAGAUGUUAGGAGCCUUGACGGAGGAGGAGGAGGAGGAGGAGGAGGAGAUACUUCCCGUGGGAGUGAGAGAGAUUCCAGAGUUUCGGACGAUGCUACCACUGGCGAUGAUACCACUGGCGUUGUUAGCAGCGAAGACAGGCCAAGUCGUUCCCGAAGCCAGGAACGACCACCAGGCGGAAGCAGCACCAAUGACGAAGAACCACCGAGUCGUACCCCACGCCAGGAACGACCACCAAGCAGCAAUAGCAAUAACAGUAACGAAGAGCCACCGAGUCGUCCCCACAGCCACGAACGACCACUUCAUACCAACGACAAUAACGAAAAACCACCGAGUCGUACCCCAGCUCAGGAACGACCAC